AUGAAUAGCAAGAUGGUCAAAGACUUAAAAUUGAAUACAGGAGCGUCUAUUCCUGUGAUAGGACUAGGAACGUGGAAAUCCCCUGAGGAAGAGGCAUAUAAUGCAGUUACUUAUGCUCUGGAUGCUGGCUACAGACACAUAGAUGGCGCUGCAAUCUACCGCAAUGAGGCUGCUGUCGGAAGAGCACUGAGGGACUCCCGAAUCGCAAGAGAGGAGGUUUUUGUGACGACGAAAUUGUGGGGGACGCAGGCUAGAAAUCCACAGGAAGCUCUAGAACAGUCAUUGGCUAGACUCGGUCUAGAUUACGUAGAUCUAUACUUGAUGCAUUGGCCCGUUGCUUUGAAAAUGGACCUUGUCACAGAUGGCAAUGUAUUAACUAUUCCGACGAAAUUGAAUGGUGAACGUGAUAUUGACCCGGAUUGGGAUUUUGUUGAAACCUGGAAAUUGAUGCAAGAUUUAUUGAAAACUGGUAAGGUGAAAGCGAUAGGUGUGUCUAAUUUUUCCAUCAGUAACUUGGAAAAGCUGUUUUGUAGUGAUGGCGUUACAGUGGUUCCCGCAGCCAAUCAAAUUGAAAUUCACCCACAGUUACCCCAAACCGAGUUGGUUGACUACUGCGUAAAAAAAGGAAUCGUAGUUCAAGCUUACUCUCCAUUGGGUUCUUCGAGCUCUAUUAUGCUCGAUGAUCCUGAAGUUGAAAAAAUUGCCCAGAAAUAUGAUGCUGAGCCUGCUCAGAUUUUGAUCAAUUGGGGCGUUUCCCGUGGUUACUGCGUGUUACCGAAAUCCGUCUCCCAAAAGCGAAUUGUUUCGAACUUUAAAAUAUUUCAGCUGGCGGAAGAAGAUAUUGAAAAAUUGAAUGGGAUUCCUGCUAGACUAGGUUCUAGAAGAUAUGUUGUUCCGGAUUGGGGCUCAUUUCCUACAUUUGAAUGA